AAGAGGUGAAGAGGAAGCUUCCAGGUCUCUUCCCUUCACCCUAGAAAUCCAGAUAUCCACCCCAUCCCCAGAGAACUUUGAGAUACUGUCCUUGUUGUUCGCUGGCCUGGCGGACCAUGGCUCCCUUUGGAAGGAACUUGCUAAAGACUCGGCAUAAAAACAGAUCUCCAACUAAAGACAUGGAUUCAGAAGAGAAGGAAAUUGUGGUUUGGGUCUGCCAAGAAGAGAAGAUUGUCUGUGGGCUAACCAAACGCACCACCUCUGCUGACAUCAUCCAGGCUUUGCUUGAGGAACACGAGACUACAUUUGGAGAGAAACGAUUUCUUCUGGGGAAGCCCAGUGAUUACUGCAUCAUAGAAAAGUGGAGAGGCUCUGAACGGGUUCUUCCCCCACUAACAAGAAUCCUGAAGCUUUGGAAAGCAUGGGGAGAUGAGCAGCCUAAUAUGCAGUUUGUUUUGGUUAAAGCAGAUGCUUUUCUUCCAGUUCCCUUGUGGCGGACAGCUGAAGCCAAAUUAAUGCAAAACACAGAAAAACUGUGGGAGCUCAGCCCAGCAAAUUACAUGAAGACGUUACCACCAGAUAAGCAAAAGAGAAUAGUCAGAAAAACUUUCCGGAAACUGGCUAAAAUUAAGCAGGACACAGUUUCCCAAGAGAGAGAUAGUAUGGAGACAUUAGUUCAUCUGAUUAUUUCCCAGGAUCAUACUAUUCAUCAACAAGUCAAGAGAAUGAAAGAGCUGGAUCUGGAAAUUGAAAAGUGUGAAGCUAAAUUCCACCUCAACCGGGUAGAAAAUGAUGGAGAAAAUUAUGUCCAGGAUGCAUAUUUGAUGCCCAGUUUCAGUGAAGUUGAGCAAAAACUAGGCUUGGAGUAUGAUGAAAACCAGAUUCUGGAGGACCUGAGAGAAAGUGAUGGAAUUGUACAGCUGGAGGAACGACUAACUUAUUAUAGGAAGCUCAUUGAUAAGCUCUCUGCCGAAAUAGAAAAAGAGGUAAAAAGUAUUUGCACAGAGAUAAAUGAAGAUGUGGAAGGGGCAGCUGCAAGUGAACUUGAAGGCUCUGAUUUAGAAAUUGUUAAGUGUGAUUUGGAGAAAAGCAUGAAAGCUGGUUUGAAAAUCCAUUCUUACUUGAGUGGCAUCCAGAAAGAGAUUAAAUACAGUGACUCACUGCUUCAGAUGAAAGCUAAAGAAUAUGAGCUCCUGGCCAAGGAGUUCAAUUCCCUUCAUGUUAGCAACAAAGAUGAAUGCCAGCUAAAGGAAAACAGAGGAAAGGAAUCUGAGGUCCCUACCAGCAGUGGGGAGGUUCCUCCUUUUACUCAAAGAGUAUUUAACAUGUAUUCAAAUGACACAGACUCGGACACUGGUAUCAGCUCUAACCACAGUCAGGACUCAGAAACAACUGUAGGAGAUAUGGUGCUGUUGUCAACAUAAUUUGAAUGGCUUCUUUCUGACCUACUUUAAUGUUGUUCGUGUUGGUUUAAUUCAGUAGGAAACUUUAAAUAUUCCGUUCUGCAAAAAAAAAAGGAAAUCAUGUUAAAGUGUUCGGUAGUUAAUAAGAACUAGAGAAUUUUGUAAGUUUGUUUUUGAUUUCAGAGUUCCAAUGUGACCUAAUUAUUGCAAGUUCAAACAAUGAACUCUUUAUUAAGAGUGCAGCACAAAUAGC